GGGCAGGAUAGGAAGAUCUUUCGGCGGCCGUGAGCCGAGUUGGAUCGCACCGUGCGCUGGCGGGGGACUGGGAAACUUGAGACGGCGCUGACAAUGAUAGAGUGACGAUGUCGCGGCUACUACUGUUGGUCCUCCUUUGUGGAGGGACCUCCGCAGGCUCUCACUCUCUCCGUUAUUUCUACACGGCGGUGACCCCGGUGCCAGAGGUCCCCGAGUUUGUGGUGGUCGGGUACGUGGACGAGGAGCAGAUUGUUUACCACGACAGUGUGCUGGGGCGGAUGGUGCCCCGGCGGGGGUGGAUGGCGGAGAGCCAGGACCCCGACUACUGGGAGCGUGAGACGCAGAACCUGCGGGGCAACGAGCCGGGGUUCAAGGCUGACAUCCAGACACUGCAGAAGCGAACCAACCAGACGGGCGGGAUCCACACUAUCCAGUUGAUGUAUGGCUGUGAGCUCCAUGACGACGGGACCACCGCCGGGUUCAUGCAGUACAGCUGGGACGGGUCGGACCUGAUCAGCUUCGACAAGGACCGGAUGGUGUGGGUGACCCCUGUGCCCUGGGGUGUCAUCACCAAGGACAAGUGGGACCAGAACACGGCCAGGAACCAGCAGUUCAAGGGAUACCUGGAGCAGACCUGCGUCGAGUGGUUGAAGAAGUACAUUCAAGAUGGGGAGAGUCACCUGGAGCCCAAUCCCCCCGAAGUCUCCUUUAUCACCUCACUGGAUAACCGCCACCUCUCCUGUGUGGCCACCGGCUUCUACCCUCAGUCCAUCGACGUGACUAUUCUGCGGGACGGCCGGAUCCUGGAGGAGACCCAUUCCCACGGGAUCCUCCCCAAUCACGACAACACCUACCAGCUGACCAGGACGGUGCAGGUGCAGCCCACGGACACAGGAAAGUUCUCCAAGUUCUCCUGUCGGGUGGAACACCGGGGUCUCCCCAAGCCCCUCGUCCUGUUCCUGGUUCUGAAGUCCAGCUAUAUACCUCUCAUGGUCAUUGCUGUGCUCGUGGUCCUGGUGAUCCUGGUCGUCUUCGCUGACGUUGUGAGUUAUCCCUUCUACAAGAAGAAAGCUUCUGACAAAGAAGAAUCCUCUCCCAACUCCUCCGACGUGGCCUGAGGAAAUCUGAUCGACGGUGGGAUGUUGAUGAAGAAAACUUGGGUGGAAGAGUGUAAUCCUUGGCUGGGCCUUUUUCUAUGCCAAGGUUCCCAACCUUUCUCAUGCCAUGGACCAAUAUCACAGACCCCAGGCUGGGAACCCUUAUUCUACAGGGAAAUCUAUCACUUGGGUGUUUACCUUUCUGGUUGGGUUUAGUGACAAGUCACUGCUGUCACGGCAGAAGCUGGACUAUAUAAUGCUGCUUUUCAAAAGUUAAAUCACUUUGGAAAAGUGAUUUGGUUUGAAUAAAGUGAAUGGGGUUUAGAGGGGAAUUUCUAUUUUUAUAAAAAUAUACUUUAUUCAGAAUAAAAAUAUUUACAAGUAUAAACUUUGCAACACCUUUUUACUUACUAGUAGACAAUCCUCAGUUAUAUUUUUUUAAAGCCAAUAGCAACAUUGUCACUCAUGUGGUCCUCUGGGUGGUACACUACUUUUUUUAAACAGAAUAAACUUUAUUCUUAA